AUGCAGGACAUCUCCGCCGAAACUGUAGCCAAAACAUUCGUCGACAGAUGGGUUGCCUUAUUCGGAGUCCCCUCCACCAUUACCACAGACCGAGGAACUCAGUUUGAAUCAAGCCUGUUCCGAAAUCUCACACGACUUCUGGGGACGAACCGUAUUAGAACGACAACCUACCAUCUCUGGACUUAUUGUCUUUCUGGGUCGGCUGUCCACUCCUCCACUGGUCUAACCCCAGCCGUAAUGAACUUCGCACAUGAGUUGCGGUUGCCGGCCGACGUCGUGGCUCCCCCACCUCGAGAGCCGGAUUACGUAGGACCUUCCGAAUACGUAGAUGAGGCACGACGCCAACUGCGUCUUUCAUUCGACUCAGCCCGGUCACAGUUAGCCCUAGCCCACAAGCGACAGAAGGACUAUUAUGAUAAACAGGCCCAUGGUACCGCUGUCGAGGAAGGUGAUCUGGUGUGGAUGGCUGCGACGAAUGCAGUGGGCGAAGGCAGGAAGUGGCAACAUACGUGGAAAGGACCAUAG